GGGGGCGGGGCUUUGCGUGAUGGCGUCACGGGGCGGGGCCACGGGUGGCGCGAAGAGGAGGCGCGGAAAUGGAGGUGCAGGCUAGCUGCAGUAGCGCGGGCGAGUGCGGGUCCCAGGACCCUGCCACUGCACCCAGCAAGGCUCCCGGCAGCGCCGGCCACUACGAGCUGCCGUGGGUUGAAAAAUAUAGACCAGUAAAGCUGAAUGAAGUUGUCGGGAACGAAGACACCGUGAGCAGACUGGAGGUCUUUGCAAGAGAAGGGAAUGUGCCCAAUAUCAUCAUUGCUGGCCCCCCAGGAACUGGUAAAACCACAAGCAUCCUGUGUUUGGCACGAGCCCUGCUGGGCCCAGCACUCAAGGAUGCCGUCUUGGAACUCAAUGCUUCAAAUGACAGAGGCAUUGAUGUUGUGAGGAAUAAAAUAAAAAUGUUUGCUCAACAAAAAGUCACCCUUCCCAAAGGUCGCCACAAGAUCAUCAUCCUGGAUGAAGCAGACAGCAUGACUGAUGGGGCCCAGCAAGCCUUGAGGAGAACCAUGGAAAUCUACUCUAAAACGACUCGCUUUGCCCUUGCUUGUAACGCUUCUGAUAAAAUCAUAGAGCCCAUCCAGUCCCGGUGCGCCGUCCUGCGCUACACCAAGCUGACCGACGCCCAGAUCCUGGCACGGCUGCUGAACGUCAUCGAGAAGGAGAAUGUGCCGUACACUGACGACGGCCUGGAAGCCAUCAUCUUCACAGCCCAGGGAGACAUGAGGCAGGCACUGAACAACUUGCAGUCCACCUUCUCGGGAUUCGGCUUCAUUAACAGCGAGAAUGUGUUCAAGGUCUGCGACGAGCCCCACCCCCUGCUCGUGAAGGAGAUGAUCCAGCACUGUGUGGAGGCCAACAUCGACGAGGCCUACAAGAUUCUCGCUCACCUGUGGCAUCUGGGCUAUUCACCAGAAGAUGUCAUUGGCAACAUUUUCCGGGUGUGUAAAACUUUUCAAAUGGCAGAAUACUUGAAACUGGAGUUUAUUAAGGAAAUUGGAUACACUCACAUGAAAGUCGCGGAAGGUGUGAACUCCCUCCUGCAGAUGGCAGGGCUCCUGGCCAGGCUGUGUCAGAAGACAAUGGCGCCAGUGGCCAGUUAGAGCAGAGACUUCACUGACUGAGUUACAAGAGUCCUCCUCCUUAAAAUACAGGAGUCACGGCCUUCUGAUCGGGGUGGGGGGAUGCCGCCUCAGGUGGGGCCAGCACGCGCCAUGCUUUAAACUCCAGCACAGCUCCGCUCCUCGCAUGUCUUUUUUUG